ACUGACCACCUGGUGCAGGCCGGGUUCCUGACGCGCGAGGAGCGGCGCCGGCUCGAGGGGCUGCGCUCGCCCCACAACAAGUUCUGGGUGCCCUGCGUGUGGUUCGGGGCGCUGGCGCGGCGGGCGCGCAGCGAGGGGCGCAUCGGGGACGACUGCGCGCUCAAGCUGCUCAUGGAGCUGAGCCGGUUCCGGGCCCAGUGCAGCCUCCUGUUCCACUACGACUGGAUCAGCGUGCCACUGGUGUACACCCAGGUGGUGACCAUCGCCGUGUACACCUUCCUGCUCACCUGCCUGCUGGGCCGGCAGUUCCUGGACCCCUCCCGGGGCUACCCCGGGCACGAGCUGGACCUGGGGGUGCCCGUGUUCACCCUGCUGCAGCUCUUCUUCUACCUGGGCUGGCUCAAGGUGGCCGAGCAGCUCAUUAACCCCUUCGGGGAGGACGACGACGACUUCGAGACCAACACCCUGAUCGACCGCAACUUCCAG